AUGAAGUACAAGCAUUUGCCGCUGCCCUGGUGGAGAUUGGACCUGCUGGAUCUGUUGUACAGAGUGACAGCUGUCACCAUCACCAACAGAGGAGACUGCUGUCCUGAGAGACUUGAUGGUGCUGAGAUCCGCAUCGGUAACUCACUGGAGAAUAAUUGCAUCAACAACCCCAGUUGUGCUGUCAUCACCAUCCCAGCAGAAAAGACCUACACCUUCCAGUGUAAUGUGAUGGAGGGUCGCUAUGUUGUUGUUGUCAUCCCUGGCAGGUCGGAAUGGCUCACACUUUGUGAGGUGGAAGUAUUUUCCACAGUCAAACCUCCAGAGUCUUCCACAGAAGCCCCCAAGUCAAAGAGAACGGUGGUGAGGAUGAAGAUCCAAUCAGAUGCUGAUCUGACAGACCAGGCAGUCAGUGACGGAGAGGGAAGGGGGAGAAAGCGAGAAAUAGAACGUGUCUUUGUUUAUGAACAGUUGUGUUUGAGUGCUGUGUCUGUGGACCUGAAGAGGGCUAGCCUGGUGAGAGACUCCAAUGAGAAACAAUAG